AGACAUCAAUGUCAGAUAUAAGCCAAAGGUGAUUUUUCUUUUCGGUCUUAAACCGUGUGAGGAUAUCCUGUACUCGUAAUGUUGUUGAAAUAUUUCAUCAUCUUUGUUGCCACUUCCUACGUUCGCUGAUUGGUUCUUUUGUAGUCGUACGUCAUUUCAUUUUGACGAAAGCCAAUAAAGUGUACAAGCCCUGCGUAAACCCUGAAAACUGUAUAGUCAAAUACUCAGAGCCAACGUCUGGGAGCGUCUUCAACUUUUGGAUAUCAGCAGAAUCCCAAUCCCUCAACUAAAGGGAUUUCAGAGUCAUUGAGUGAGAAAAAAAUGGGCGACCUUCAGCUAACCACAAUCAAAGACGCUGCAGAUGUUCAAGAUGUUUCGUCUUCGAGAGUAGCAAUAAUACCCGAGGAGAAAGAUCGCAAGACUAACGUCGUAGGUGAAGCACAAGAAAGACCAGGAUGGGACAACAAGAUGCAGUUUUUAUUGGCAGCCAUUGGAUUCGCUGUUGGUCUUGGGAAUAUCUGGAGGUUUCCUUGGCUUUGUCAGAAAAAUGGCGGAGGUGCAUUCCUGAUUCCCUACUUCAUAAUGCUGAUAUUCGAGGGGAUCCCAAUCUUCUUUCUCGAGCUCAGCCUGGGUCAGCGCAUGCGCCAAGGGUCCAUUCAAGUGUGGAGCAGCAUCUCACCCUCCCUGGGUGGGGUGGGGAUUGCCACAACCAUCGUGUGUAUCUUCGUUGCCUGUUAUUAUAAUAUUGUGAUGUCAUGGGUGUUGUUCUACUUCGUCAAUUCAUUCCAGAAUCCAUUGCCCUGGAAAGAAUGUCCUAAGUUUGUUUCACACCCAGCCUCGAACAACACGGUGUUUAAUUCACCUAAAGAGUGCUUAAAAAGCAGCCCAACGGCGUAUUUCUUUCAUCGCAAAACCCUUCUCCACGCCGACAGCAUCGAAUCCACCACAGCAUUUAACUGGAAGCUUGCCGUGGCACUGGCUGUAGCCUGGGUACUAGUUUAUCUCUGCGUCAUCAGAGGAAUCAAAUCUUCCGGAAAGGUUGUGUACCUCACCGCUACAUUCCCGUAUGUAGUCCUCAUAGCAUUCUUCAUCCGGGGACUUUUACUGGAAGGUUAUGACGUCGGCAUCAAGUAUCUCUUCACUCCUAAGUGGGAGAAAUUACUGGAUCCUUUAGUAUGGCUGGAUGCAGCUACUCAGAUAUUCUUCUCACUUGGUUUGGCCUUUGGGACCAUCAUCGCCUACGCCAGCUACAACCCCAUGCAUGAAAAUACCUUGCGUGACGCCGUGACCAUAUCGUUAGCCAAUUGCAUGACAUCCUUGUUUGCUAGUAUCGUGGUGUUCUCAAUAUUAGGAUUCAGGGCUUCCUUUAUGAUGGCUGAAUGCGAGGAAAAGCGAAGCUUAGGAAUGAUGAACCUGAACUCUACUAUACAAAAUAUGAAUUUUACUGCAAUGCCAUCAGAUCAAAAGAACUCGAUUAUUAGAAAUACUACUCAAGCUGUGAUAGAUGCUCUUCCAAAGUGUGAUAUUGAGAAGUUUUUGACUGAGGCAGCAAGUGGACCAGGACUGGCCUUCAUUGCCUUCACAGAUGCCAUUAACCAAAUGCCAGGAUCCAACUUCUGGUCUGUCAUAUUCUUCCUUAUGUUGUUCUCCUUGGGCCUAGAUAGUCUCUUUGGGGCAUUAGAGAGCAUUACAACCGCUUUACAAGAUGUAAUGGGGUUCAAAAACAUAAGGAAAGAGCUGCUUGCAGGUCUGCUGUGUAUUUUCUCCAUGUGCAUGGGAUUCAGCAUGGUCACUACCAUAGGAGAAUACGUCCUGCAGAUGUUUGAUAGCUUUUGUGCUAAUCUUCCUUUGUUGUUUAUUGCUAUUAUGGAGUGUGUUGGUGUCUGCUAUAUCUACGGCAUUGACAGGUUCUCAGAAGAUAUUGAGUUCAUGACAGGCAGACAACCAGCAAUGUUCUGGAAAGUUUGUUGGAUGUUUAUCACUCCUGUUGCCAUGACAACCAUCCUAGUGUCAAGCAUCGUGUUGAUGUCACGAGGACAAGCAGUGUACUAUGCUUGGAAUGAAGGACUGGCUACUUACCAGGUACUUCCCUAUCCUGCCUGGUCAGUGUUCAUCAUCGUGGUGUUGAUACUUUCUUCAGUGAUUUUCAUUCCUGGUGUUGCCCUAUUACAGUACUUCAGGAACCCAAGGUCCAAACGAACAGCUUACAUCUCAUCAUGACAAGUACAAGAUAGCAGAUAAAGAUGUGUGCAGGAAAAAGGGAAAGAAAAGAACUGUAGAAAAUAGGAAAAAAUAGAUUUAGAAAUUUAACAAAGACAAAAUUAAAAGGGAUGGCAUUUUUUGUAAAAUUUGCUACCUUGGGUAAAAAGGAAACAACAAUUUCUGGGUAGGUUUGUUCCUGAAACUGAAUGCGAGGGGAAAAGCAAGGACAUAACUCAGGUGUCCCAGAGUUCCAGCAGAGUACGAAAAUGUCAUGUCUGUAUUGAGUCAUGGGGCGAUAGACAGGGAUGGUAAAUAUCAAAAAUGAGAUUUAUUUUUCCAGUCCAGUAUCCUGAAAAUCAUGCAUUCUUAUUGGCUGUUGGAGGGGGUGGUAAUUUCAUCUCUGACCCCAGCCCAGUAUCCUGGCUGCUUAAGCCAACUGCACGCGCAUGUGAUAAGGGAUUGCUAAACAACAAAACAAAUUACAUGACAAGUGGAAAAGAGAGUUUUUUUUUUUUAUUUUGAGGGUAUAAUCUUGUACUGUUUUUCUGUUUUUAGGUCUUUUGUUAUUUAUUGUGUAAAAGUUGUACGUAUACCCCCUAGAUGAGUGCUUUCGCUUUUAGGGUUGAUGUAUUGAACAAAUAUGUUUAAAUUAAAAAACUGUGCCCUCAGUCUUGAAAAGAGACCUUACUAUCAGCCUCAACCUGUAUAUUCAAGACCUCGGGCACAGAAGUUUCCCUAUCUGGACCUCCAUGCCAUACAAAGAUGCAACUUUAUGACUCUGACAAAAUGACUCAAGUUACUCAGAUAAUUCAAGCAGCUGUCCAAAUGAUGGUCCAAAUAAGGGAUGGUAACACCUUGUAGUCCAUCUUAAUAUUGCAUCAGUUGAUGCAAAGCAUACAGUCAAGGCUGCAAGCCGUUCAAAUUUGAAUAAUUAUCACUUGAAACUACCUUGUAGCCUCUGUUGAAGUCAACCAAUGUAUGGGAAUUUGGGAAUAAACACUUGAGAGUCCA